AGACUCGCUCUGGUGGCGGCGGGACGCGGUGCGCCAGGGGCUGUCCCGUCCGGGAGGGCGACGCAGAGCUCGGCCUUCGCCUCGGCGCCCGAGGGUGCCUCCCGGCCGGGCGCGACCGAAGUUCGCCCUCGGGCUGGCGAUGGGGCGCGGCCCCGCCUGAGCACCUGCCGGCAGCCGCCAUGGAGAGCCCCGCGGGCGGCGCGGCGGCGGAGCCCGCGCACCCCGGCGCGGAGCCGGAGCUGCCGACCCCCGGCCCGGCCGAGGGCGGCGGGGAGGCGGCCGAGGGCGGCGCGGCGGCCCCGAGGUCCCGCUGCCUGAGGGCCGUGUACGUGCUGAACGACCCGCCCAAGGCGGGGGCCGGGGCGCGCAGCCCCGAAGCCGGGGCGAGGCAGUGCCUGCUGCGGGCAUGCGAGGCGGAGGGUGCGCAGCUCGGCACGGUCAACUUCGGGGAGCUGGACUUCGGGGAGACGGCGGUGUUGGACGCCUUCUACGACGCGGAUGUUGCAGUUGUGGAUAUGAGUGAUAUUUCCAAGCAACCAUCACUGUUCUACCACCUUGGUGUGCGUGAAAGCUUUGACAUGGCAAAUAAUGUUAUACUCUACCAUGGCACUGAUGCUGAUACUGCUCAGUCUCUCAAAGAUAUGGUAUCUCAGAAAAAUACCGCUUCCAGUGGAAAUUAUUAUUUCAUUCCAUACAUUGUCACCCCUUCUGCUGACUAUUUCUGCUGUGAAAGUGAUGCCCAGAGAAGAGCUUCUGAGUAUAUGCAGCCCAGCUGGGACAAUAUCCUGGGGCCACUCUGUGUCCCUCUGGUGGACAGGUUUAUCAGCCUUCUCAAGGAUGUUCAUGUUACAUCAUGUGCCUAUUAUAAAGAAACACUGCUAAAUGAUAUUAGAAAGGCUAGAGAGAAGUACCAAGGAGAUGAACUGGCAAAGGAGCUGGCUAGAAUUAAGCUUCGUAUGGAUAAUACUGAAGUUCUGACUUCUGACAUUGUCAUAAACCUGCUUCUUUCUUACCGAGAUAUACAGGACUAUGAUGCUAUGGUGAAGCUGGUAGAAACACUAGAAAUGCUUCCUACCUGUGAUCUGGCUGAUCAACACAACAUUAAGUUUCAUUAUGCUUUUGCUUUGAACAGAAGAAAUAAUGCAGGUGACAGAGAGAAGGCACUACAAGUCAUGCUUCAGGUCCUGCAGACAUGUGAUCACCCUGCUCCAGAUAUGUUUUGCUUAUGUGGAAGGAUAUACAAGGAUAUGUUUCUUGACUCUGACUGUAAAGAUAUCAACAGUCGAGAUCAUGCCAUUGAAUGGUACCGCAAGGGGUUUGAACUUCAGUCAACACUAUAUUCAGGAAUUAACCUUGCAGUUUUACUACUUGCUGAAGGACAGCAGUUUGAAAGCUCGAUGGAACUGAGAAAAAUAGGUGUACGGUUAAACAGUUUAUUGGGAAGAAAGGGGAGUCUGGAAAAAAUGAACAGUUACUGGGACGUGGGACAGUUCUUCAGUGUGAGCAUGUUGGCUAAUGAUGUUAGUAAAGCAGUUCAAGCAGCAGAGAAACUAUUUAAGCUGAAACCUCCAGUAUGGUACUUGAAAUCAUUAGUUCAGAAUCUGAUGUUAAUUCAGCGUUUCAAGAAAUUCACCAUAGAACAUUCUCCUAAACAAGAAAGAUUGACUUUCUGGCUAGAUAUAAUUUUUGAGGCAACGAAAGAAACAACUAAUGGACUGAGAUUUCCAGUUUUGGUGAUAGAACCAACUAAAGUUUACCAGCCUGCAUAUGUUUCAAUCAACAAUGAAGAAGAUGAGAGAUCUCUUUCUUUGUGGCAUGUCUCUCCCACUGAAAUGAAACAGAUUCAUGAAUGGAACUUUACAGCUUCUUCCAUAAGGGGAAUAAGUAUUUCCAAGUUUGAUGAACGAUGUUGUUUUCUUUAUGUGCAUGCUAACUCUGAUGAUUUUCAAAUCUACUUUUCUACAGAAAACCAGUGUACUAGGUUCUGUGGGUUGGUGAAAGAAAUCUUGUCUGAUGCAGUUGGCAGUACUUUGGAACUAGAAGGAGAAAUAGAUGGAGAAACAUUGGAGUACGAAUAUGAUUAUGAUGAGAAGGGUGACAGAGUAGUUCUAGGAAAAGGUACUUACGGGAUAGUAUAUGCUGGAAGAGACCUUAGCAACCAGGUCCGAAUAGCCAUCAAAGAAAUACCUGAGAGAGACAGCAGAUAUUCUCAACCUCUUCAUGAAGAGAUAGCACUGCAUAAAUAUUUAAAGCAUCGGAAUGUUGUCCAAUAUCUUGGAUCUGUUUCAGAGGACGGAUACAUUAAGAUUUUUAUGGAGCAGGUGCCAGGAGGCAGCCUCUCGGCUCUCCUGAGGUCUAAGUGGGGGCCAAUGAAAGAACCCACAAUUAAAUUUUACACCAAGCAGAUUCUGGAAGGCCUUAAGUAUCUCCAUGAGAACCAGAUUGUACACAGAGAUAUAAAGGGGGAUAACGUGUUGGUGAACACCUAUAGUGGCGUGGUAAAGAUAUCUGAUUUUGGUACUUCCAAACGGCUGGCAGGAAUCAAUCCGUGCACUGAAACAUUUACGGGCACGUUGCAGUACAUGGCUCCAGAAAUCAUUGACAAGGGACCACGAGGAUAUGGUGCACCAGCUGAUAUCUGGUCGCUAGGCUGUACCAUGAUUGAAAUGGCAACAGGCAAGCCUCCAUUUCAUGAGCUAGGAGAGCCUCAGGCAGCAAUGUUUAAAGUCGGGAUGUUUAAGAUUCAUCCUGAAAUUCCAGAAUCACUGUCUGCUGAGGCAAAAGCUUUUAUUUUGCUUUGUUUUGAACCUGAUCCUUUUAAACGUGCUGCAGCGUCUGAUUUGCUCAGAGAUUCUUUCCUGAAACAAGUCAACAAGGGCAAGAAAAGCAGAAUUGCAUUCAAGCCUUCAGAUUACAAUCGGAACGCGUCCCUCCCGCUGCCAAUCCAUGGAGAACAGGCUGGCAGCAGCAGCAGUGAGCAUGGCUCUGUUUCGCCAGACUCCGAUGUGCAGCACGAUGUGUUUUUCGAGAGGCCGAAGAGAUCCAUUUCAGAGAUUCAGACAAGGCAUCCCAUUGCCCACUUAUUGAGUGUGCCUGAUGAGGGCCUGGCCCCGGAGGACAGAAGUGCCUCUCCUUCCACUGAGGAUAAGGAUUCUGGUCUGUUCCUGCUACGGAAGGACAGUGAACGCCGGGCAAUUCUAUAUAAAAUUCUCAAGGAAGAACAGAAUAAAGUUGCUUCAAAUUUGCAGGAUUGUAUUGCACAGAGCUCUGAGGAACUGCGGCUUUCAAUGGCCCACAUCAAGCAAAUUAUUGGGAUUUUAAGGGACUUCAUACACUCUCCUGAGCACAGAGUGAUGGCGUCUACCAUAUCCAAGUUGAAAAUGGAUCUGGACUUUGACAGCACUUCCAUCAAUCAGAUUCAUCUGGUGCUGUUUGGAUUUCAGGAUGCGGUGAACAAAGUGUUAAGAAAUCAUUUAAUAAGGCCCCACUGGAUGUUUGCAAUGGACAAUAUAAUUCGCCGUGCAGUCCAAGCAGCAGUCACCAUUCUUAUUCCAGAACUUCAAGCUCACUUUGAGCCAGCAUCAGAAACUGAAGGUGGCGACAAAGAUUGUGACGAAGUGGAAGACAGUUUCCGUCCCUCUGAACAAAAUGGGACGGAGGAUGCUGCUCUCACAUCAGGAGUCAGCACCCUCAGCUCUGUGGUGUCACACGAGGCUCAGCAGCAGCUUAGCCUGGAGUUGGGCAGACUCAAACAAGAGACCAUAAGGCUUUUGGAGAAACUCGUUCAGAAGGAGAAGGAGUAUCAGACCCUCUUACAACGAUCUUUGGAGCAAAAAACACAGGAAUUGCACUUGCUUCAAUUAAAACUUAAACCCGCAGACUGGCAGUGGCCUGCAUCACCAUUAAAAGAGAAUGCAGACCCAGAGCUCACAAACUGGCUGAAACAACAAGGGGCAGACCUGGAUACCAUUAGAAGGUUUGCUGAAGAGGAUUAUACACUGAGUACUGUCCUUAAUGACAUCACUAAGGAUGAUUUGCGAUGCCUUCAACUGCGUGGUGGUCUUCUCUGCAGAAUUUGGAAUGCGAUUUUAAUCCACCGCCAAACGGCUAAUAAGUCCAUGGAGGCAGAAGGUUAGCUCUUUGGAAACAGAAUGUGUAAUGGGAGUAAGCAAAUGAAAGAUACAUUCCUAACUUAUUGGAUGUAUAUAUGUACAUAGUCUCCCUGCCUUGCAGGUUUUGCACAAUUACAUAGCUCGUUUGACCAUCAGCAUAAUAUACAGUAAAUAAUAUAGAAUCACAGAAUCACAAGGCUGGAAAGGACCUACAGGAUCAUCUAGUCCAACCAUCCUCCCAUUACCAUUGCUACCACAAGCCACUAAACCAUAUCUCAUAGCUCCUCUUGAACGCCUUUUGAACACUGCCAGGGACAGCGACUCCACCACCUCCCUGGGCAGCCAUUGCAGUGCCUGACCACUCCCUGAGAGAAUUCCUUAUGUCUAACCUAAACCUCCUCUGGUACAACUUGUGGCCAUUUCCUCAGGUCCUGUUUGUUGCCUGGGAGAAGAGGCCAAACCCCUCCUCACCACAACCUCCUUUCAGGCAGUUGUAGAGUGCAAUGAGAUUUCCCUUGAGCCUCCUCUUCUCCAGACUGAACAAUCCCAGCUCCCUCAGCCCCUCCCCAUAAGACUUGUUCUCCAGACCCCUCACCAGCUUUGUUGCCCUCCUCUGGACACAUUCCAGUAACAGCUUAUGAAAGAGUAGCACAGAAGACAAAUGCCCUAUCACUGUAACUAUAAGGCCUUAGCUGAGAAAAAAUUUUCUGCAAAAUAGGUACUUGUGCUGGUUUCAGCUGAGACAGAGUUGAUUUUCUUCAUAGUGUCUGGUAUGAUGCUGUGGUUUAGCUUUAGGAGAAAAACAACACUGAUAACAGACCAAUGUUUUAGUUGUAUCUGAGCAGUGCUGUAUUGAUCUGAGGACAUUUUGGUUUUUUUAGCUUCUUGUACUGUCCUGCCAGGGAGGGGGCCGAGGGGAACAGAGGAGGCUGGGAGGGGCAGAAUGAAGACUGUACACACACCUGAGCUGGCUUUAGCAUUGUCACACAUUCUAAGGUCAGUGUGCACAGGUGUGCUGGCUGAUGGUUUUGGCUGCAGCAAAAACAUGGCAAACCUAAGAGGUCUUUGUUUCUUUAGCACCCGCUUUCAAAAGAAAACCACAAUCAGAAAACCAGAUUAAAUGUUGUUAAAGUUUAUUUUUUUUAUUUGUAUUUUUUACACUGUACAUGACAAAUACAGCAAUCCAAAGAAAAUCUGUGAAGCAAAUAUAUAACAAUUUAAAUAAACUGCUGCUUUCUCAUAAUUCAGCUCCUUCUGAAACAACAUUCAGGCAUGUUUAAGACAAUCUGUACUGUGAUGGGACUGCCUUACUCAACACCUCUUCUUUUGAAAGAGGAGGUGUUAAAUAAAGAUUAAGGUUUGUUUCUGA